AUGACGUGUAACCUCGACGACACAUGGGUGGAGUGCAUGGGUGAGUUCAAGGAGCUCCUUGCGGAGAACGGCGUCCCGUGGCGGUGCUACACCUGCGAUGGCGUUGACAAGGAGGCGAUGCUCAGCGCACCGGAGGUGAUGGACGCCAAGACGGAUCCCGGCUGCGGCUACGGCUCUGUUCGCUCCCUCAACAGCCUUUUGAAGGACGGCACCAUCCCGUCGGCGGCCACGUUGGGGGGCGCGGCGCUGCUGGAUGUCAUGGACCUUAUUCAUGUAAAGGAGCUGCAGUAUUUGCAGGGAUUUUCUCUCACCGCCGGCUGCCUUGCCUUUGCCUACUUCUUUCGCUUGGAUUUGUUAGAGCAGCAGAAUCCCACGCUACAUGCGUACUGUCGUGGUGUUGCCCGGUGCAUCGAGUUGACAACACGGGUUGUUAUGACCACGAGGGUUCGAAGCGACGAGGAGUUUAUCCCCUGGCUUAAACCUCUGGAGCCGGUGGAGGAGGUCACGGAGGCGCAGAUAAUGCAGCAACUGGAGGAGGCUGCAGGCAAGGCAGAGUCCCCGGCCAUUGCCGCACGGCUGCGGUGGCGGAAGCUCCUCCUCUCCAUACUAAGCGCCUUUGUCCUUGGCAGUAAAAAGUCGGAGGCGGAGGAGGCAUGCGACCUUUGCCGAGAGGCGUGCGAUCUUUUGGGCGCUGCCGAGUUUCAGCGUGAGGCGGAGCCGGUGCCGGAUGGCCGCUUCUUCCGUGAGGCGGAGGUGGUUUACUGGGCCAGUUCGUUUACACCCACCAAGCCGCAACCAUGCGCCCCGUUCGCGGAGGCAAUGCAGGCGUACAAGGUCUUCUUGAGCCAAAUUGCAUCACUGAAAAAUUUAUUUACAAUGCCGUCGCUGCAGGAAGUCCUGGAGUUCGUGGAGGCGCUGGGGGCGCGCAAGCCGCUGCUGCCCAUGAGAGCCAUAACUAUCGUUUUGCUCUUCCGCCACGACCCGAGUGAGUCCUUCCUGCACGGUCCCUCCCUGCUGCAGCGCGUUCUGCAAGAGCUAGCCGACGAGCAUGGCGCGCCGCUCUAUCUUAAGAUCUUCAACGGCGAUGAGGAGGUGCUGGAGGCUGUCGUGAAGUACCGUAUUCAGAAGACCAUGGACGCGCACAAGAUUGCGCCGGAUCAACCGAUGCUUUUGCGGCAGCAAACCGUCGAGGCCGUACGCUCCUGGGCGGUUGAGAUGUCAAAGGCCUACCUGGUUCACCUUGAGGCGGUGAUGUGCAACCGUGGCCUUGCCCACCGCCGUCUCAUGAACGCGCUGCCGCACCUUGGGUCCUUGCAGGAGGUCUCCUACAGCACCGACAAAACCAUCUUCCUCUCCCACCUUCCCUCCGUCGCCCCCGAGAUGGAGGCGGAGGCGGCCAAGCGCAUGCCCCUCCUCGCCAUGUACGUCAACCAACACGUCCUGCAUGUGAUGCAGCUCAUCUUCGCACUGACGCUGGAGCUGGACCUCUUCACGCAGGGAGAGUUGGUUCCGGCCCUCUGGUAUUGGAACUUCACGCAGCGGGCGCAGAUUGAGAACCUCGGCCUGCUGGCCCCCCCGCCGGCCGCCAUGAUCCCCGAGACGCGCGUCAACCGCCGCACCAAGGUGCCGCUGUACAACCUUGCCCUCACCACACGCACCUCAGGGCACCCCGACACCGUGCGCCUCACGAUGCUCGAGGCAGGGCGCAUGAUUGCCGACGCCGUGUUUGUGGCGGCGUGCGUGUUGGAGGCCAAGGGACUUAUUGACUUGACAAGCGCGGCGAAGCAUUCCCUCAUGACCGUGGAGAACGCCUUCAACCAUCGCAUGAAGUGCCUUCAGCACAUCCGCAGCCCACCCUUCACACCGUACUCCCACUGCAUCGCCGCAAAGCUCAACAUCAGCACCAGCGAGAACUUGGACUCGCGAAAGGUGUUUCUCUACGCCCAGAAGGCUGGUGAGAUUGCCGUCAGCGCUGCCGACAAGCUGAAGCAGCUCAUGGCGUCAAAGGACCUUGACCAGGCACGCAAAAAGACGAUUCAGCCACAGGUGGAGAAUAUGGAGCGAACUGCCAGGGCCGUGGGGGCGUCGUUAGCCGCCUUUGCCGCCGUCAGUGAUAACGAUGAGGCGCUGCAGGGCUACCACGUCAGCGCCGAGUACCCCUUCGAUCCCUCUAUGCUAUGCUUCACCUUCCGCAAGAAGUAG